ACGAACGCCAUCGGAUCAGCUUCGUAGUGAGAGCUCGGACGAGAGCCGGCAAUGGAAGAGAGAGCCAUCAGCUUCAAAAAUCUGUGCUCCAGAGAGUACCAAGGCCACAAAAAGAAGGUUCAUUCGGUGGCGUGGAAUUGUCUGGGGACGAAGCUUGCUUCCGGUUCUGUUGAUCACACUGCUCGUAUUUGGAACAUCGAUCCCCAUGGCCACGGCAAGGUCAAAGAUAUUGAAUUAAAAGGGCAUACAGACAGUGUAGAUCAGCUAUGCUGGGAUCCUAAGCAUCCUGAUGUGGUUGCAACAGCAGCAGGGGACAAGACUGUUCGUUUUUGGGAUGCCCGAAGUGGAAAAUGCACUCAAAAUGUUGAGCUUAGUGGAGAAAACAUCAAUAUCACUUACAAACCUGAUGGGACUCACAUAGCUGUUGGAAAUAAGGAGGAUGAGCUAACAAUACUGGACGUCAGGAAAUAUAAGCCAAUACACAGACGCAAAUUUAAUUAUGAGGUAAAUGAGAUAGCUUGGAACACAACUGGAGAGCUAUUUUUUCUUACUACUGGGAAUGGUACUGUUGAAGUACUGGCAUACCCAUCCCUUAAGGUGCUUCACACCCUGAUGGCUCAUACUGCAGGUUGCUAUUGCAUUGCAAUUGAUCCACUUGGAAGAUACUUCGCUGUAGGGAGUGCAGAUUCACUCGUCAGCCUUUGGAAUGUCUCAGAUAUUUUGUGCAUCAGGACAUUCACAAAACUUGAAUGGCCUGUCAGAACCAUCAGCUUUAAUUAUACAGGAGAAUACAUUGCCUCAGCAAGUGAAGAUCUGUUUGUUGAUAUUUCAAAUGUCCAAAGUGGCCGAUCAGUUCAUCAAAUCCCAUGUAAGGCUCCGAUGAACAGUGUGGAGUGGAACCCAAAAUACAACCUGCUGGCAUAUGCAGGAGAUGACAAGAACAAAUAUCAGGCUGACGAUGGUGUUUUCCGAAUUUUUGGUUUUGAGAGCAGCUAAUUCUCCAAAGAAGGUUGCUACGAGUGAAAUGAUUCAACUCAUUGUCACCGAAAAGUCCCGAAGUUAAGCUGCUGAGGCCAUUGACUUGUUAGGAUUGGCUACAAUCCACAAUCUGCUUUCAUGUAAUUCCACUUUUAUUUGUUUUUGAAGUCUAUAGGCUAUGCCACCAGCAAUUUUGUUUUAAUCUGAAGGUCAUAGAUUUCACCCUCUGUUUGUCUAU